AAGUGUUUGGGAAUUGACAUACGCGUACACUUUCUUGUGUUCUAUUUAAAACACGAGAAAAAAAAAAUGAACCGAAAAGACGAUUAUGAUUCAUAUGAAAUUGAAGAGCCGAGCGACGAGGAAGGGGCGGGAAGCAGUUCUGAGGAUGAGUUGGACAUCCUUCUCAACGGCACACCGGAUCAGAAGAGAAAGCUCAUCAGAGAGUAUCUGACAGGGGAGAGCGAGUCCUCCAGUGGAGAUGAGUUUGAGAAGGAGAUGGAGGCUGAGCUCAGCAGCACAAUAAAGACAAUGGAGUGCAGCUGGACAGCCUCCUCAACUCAAGGCCAAACCUCUGGGACCAGUGACGGCACCUCCACAGCAACCAAACAGCCAUCUCGGGAGUAUGACAGCAUUUACUUUGACUCAGACUCUGAUGAAGAUGACACAGCUGGCAGCUCUCGGGGUCAGAGGAGGAAGCAGCGCUCUCUACUCACAAAUGAUGAGCUGUUAUAUGACCCGGAUAAGGAUGAUCGGGAUCAGGCGUGGGUGGAUGCUAAAAGAAAAGAGUACAGAAAUCAGAGGCGCCUACCUCCUUCAGCAAACAGAAAAAACAAGCCCCCGGCUCUUCCAAGCAGUGAUGCUGUUCUCAACUGUCCAGCCUGUAUGACCACCCUGUGCCUGGACUGUCAGAGACAUGAGAAAUAUCGAACACAGUACAGAGCCAUGUUCGUGAUGAACUGCACUGUCAACAAAGAUGAAGUGCUGCGGUAUAAAACGGCCAAUAAGAGAAAACAGAACCGGUGGAGGAAGAAAGCUCGUCAGGAGUCCACAUCCACAGAGGCAGAGAUGGAGACAGAAGCUGGCCUGACUGAUGCACGCCUAGCGGGAAUGGACGAAGAGGAGAUGUAUUAUCCAGUCAAAUGCACAGAAUGCUCCACUGAAGUGGCGGUUUUUGAUAAAGAGGAAGUGUACCAUUUCUUCAACAUUCUUGCAAGUCACUGCUGAGGACAUUUGCUGGACUUGUAAAUAAGUUUUGGUUCGUUUUAUGUAGUGCAGCAUAGAAGAAACCAGUAAACUUUAGGGUAAAGAGAGAUAUGAAAGUUAUUUGGGGUUGUUUGCGACAAGUGGUUAUGUUGUUUUAUGUAUAAGUGUUAACACUUUAAUAUGAUCCAUCGUGUACAUUAUAUUUCAUAGCUCCAUGAAGGUUUUUCGUUUGCCUCUUUUGAGGUAUGUUCUUUCCUUUUAGGACAUUUUUUUUUUUAUACCCACAAGGAACAUAAUAAUUUUGAAUUAAACAAUAUAAUAUGACCUGAACAUGCUUAAAAGCUUUUUACACCACUGGAAAAGCAAUUCAGGAAAACACUUUA